GACCGGAAGCGGAAGUUGUUGAGCCCCGACCGAAGCGGAAGCUGUUGAGCCCCGACUCCGCUGUCAUGGCGGCCUCGGCGCGCUGGAACCACGUGUGGCUGGGGACGGAGACCGGCAUCCUCAAGGGGGUGAAUCUGCAGAGAAAACAGGCCACCAACUUCACGGAGUCCGGUCGGCUGCGGCGGGAGGAGGAGGUCACGGUCUUGGCCUGGGGGGACGAGACCGAGAGCCAGAUCCUGGUGGGUUGUGCAAAUGGAGAGGUCAAACGGUUCAGCACCGAGAAAGGAACGUUCACAAGUGGGAGACGGUGUCCCGGCGGAGAAGGGGUCUUCCGAGGGCUGGCACGACACGAUGGUUGCCUGGUCACCUGCGUAGAGUCUGGGAUUAUCCGCGUCUGGCCCGAGGAUACCUCUGAACACCGGGCGGAGGUCCAGGUGGGCCCGAAGGUGUGCCGGAUGCGCCAGGACCCCGAGCGGCCGCACCUGGUGGCCACCGGUGGCAAGGAGAACGCUCUGAAGGUGUGGGACCUGCAGGGCUCCCAGGAACCCGUCUUCCGAGCCAAGAACGUCCGUAACGACUGGCUGGAUCUGAGGGUCCCCAUCUGGGACCAGGACAUUCAGUUCCUCCCGGGGUCCCAGAGACUCGUGACCUGCACGGGGUACCAUCAGGUGCGGGUGUACGAUCCCAGCUCCCCCACGCGCCGGCCGGUCCUGGAGGCCUCCUACGGGGAAUAUCCCCUGACGGCACUGACCCUCGUUCCGGGGGGCACCUCGGUGGUCGUAGGGAACACGCACGGGCAGCUGGCGGAGAUCGACCUGCGGCAAGGGCGACUGGUGUGCUGCCUGAAAGGGCUAGCGGGCAGCGUGCGGGGGCUGCAGUGCCACCCCACCCGGCCUCUCCUGGCCUCCUGCGGCCUCGACCGUGUUCUCAGGGUGCAUCGGCUCCGGGAUCCCCGCGGCCUGGAGCAUAAGGUAUACCUCAAGUCUCGUCUCAACUGCCUGCUCCUGUCAGGCAGGGACAACUGGGAGGAUGAGCCCCCGGAGCCGGCCCCGGCUCCCCCGGAGGAGACCGAGGCGGACGAGCUGUGGGCCGCGCUGGAGACGGUGGCCCCGCGGGACCGGCGGAAGAGGCCCCGGCCCGAGGCGGCGGCGGCGGCGGCGGCCCGACCCAAGCGGGACCGGAAGGGGCCGCGGUCGCCGGACCCCUGAUCCCCGGGCCUCCCGCGCGCUCCUUUCCCUCUUGUAAAUAAAUCGAUUCCGACCUCCCCCCA